ACCCUUUUAAGGAGUGGUUUGUUACCUAGACAACUGAGACAACAUUGAACAUUCGCCAUAUAUCGAUCAUGGGCUCUUGUUGUAGCUCAUCCAGGACGAAUAAAAAGACUGAUGACGAUGAAAAUGGAGAAAGUAACAAUGGACAUAUGGGAGUAGACUAUUUUCAAAGAGAUGAAAUUGAUGUUAGUAAGUAUGUGUGUCAAGAGCUUAGUAAUGUCACUGUAGUCAAAGAGGCUGGAGAAUUAAAUGGUCAAGCAUUUCAUAUUGAAUCAUGUGAUAAUUGUAUCAUAUAUCUAUUGGAUCAUACUGCUGCUGUUACUAUUGAUCUUUGUAAUGACUGUCAGAUCUUUGUGGGCCCCUGCAAAGGAAGUGUAUUUGUGAGAGAAUCCAAGAGGUGUCAUAUCAUGGCUUCUUGUCAACAAUUUCGUGCUCGAGAUACUGUCCAGUCCACCUUUCAGUUGCACUGUACCACACAACCUGUCAUUGAGAAUUGCUCUAGCAUUAAGUUUUGCUGCUUUAGUGGUUUCUAUCCUCAAUUGAAAGACCAUCUGACAGUUGCUGGUUUAAGUCCACUCAAUAACAAUUGGUACUCAGUCCAUGAUUUCACUCCUCAGAGUGGAAACUGGGUCACUUUAAAACGAGAAGAGAAUUUGCCGUCUUUUGGAUCGGAUCAAGUUUCAAGCACAUCAUUUCAGUCAAACUGCAGCAGUAGAGUUGUACCCAGGACUCUGGGGAUUAAAUUUCAAGAUGAAUACACAAAAACUAGUGUAGUUGUAUUCUUGGAAGACUCUGAGCAUACAAGAGCAUUAAAGUUUAUAGAAAAUGUCAAAGAAAAACUCUCACUUCUCAUUACAAAAGACACAAAAAUGAAAACAAAUGGCCUGCAGCAAUUCUUUUUAAACAAUGCUGCUGCACCCCCUGAUCUUAGAGAUGGAAUGCAGAUUGAGUAUUUACUGUUAGCCGGUGAUCAAUGCAUUCAAAUCUGCUCUCAAGCAUUACAGGAAGACCCUAUGAACACUACUUUGAAUUCUUACUGCUCACCAAAUGAGAGUCAAGCCUGGACAGAUUAUCAGAAGCUGUCUCAUCUCAUAGACAGUGGAAUCAUGAAUAGCUGAAUGAAAGAAAAUCAUUUUUAAAAAUUUAAUUAUUAUUAUCUACUUAAUAACUUCUUGUCAAAAUUUAA